AUGUUUACCCUUCCCUUGAAAAAGCCAGUCCGUCCGUAUUUCAUUCUUCUUUACAACCCUCGAGUAUCUGACCAGCCCAACAUUAUGGCAGCACUUCGACCACCUCUCAUCAUCUCUGAGAGACCGACUAAUACCGAGGCCGAGCGCAUCGAAUUCUACAAGCGCUGCAAGCGCGAUGAACUCGAGGAAUUCGUCAAGGCGCGCUCGAAGAAUACCACGCUCCCGGUCAAGCUCAAAAAUGCAGACUCCCAGAAGCAGCUCCUCCAACUCGACAGACAAGCAAGUUUCCCAUUCUUGAAACUUCCCAAGGACAUCAGACUGCUAGUCUACGAGGAGCUUCUUGAGCAUCGCCCAGGAAAGCGUCUCCACUCGCAGAUCCUGUCAACAUGUAAAAUGGUCCAAGACGAAGCUCAGGGCUUUCUAGACAAGUCUGUGGCUCGAGGCAGCUUCCAUCUCAUGCGCAUCCACUCCAGCCAGAUCAGAUGUACUGGUGGUGCGCCAAGACAAGGAGCCGUGCAGGCACCCAUGCCGAACAUGAACAAUCCACCGAAUAUUCAGAGCAUCAUUGCACCACAGCAGUAUUACGGGCCACCAGGCGGCAAGACCACCUCUACCUGCAGCAGACACGACUGCAAGUGCCGCACGGACCGUCCUUCGACAACAGUGCGAUACGGUCUCGCAUCUGCGAGCAUCCUCGGACCUGCACAGAAUAUUGCUAGAGAGCUCGCAGCCUUUCCCGAGAUCCCGGCCAACGCAAGCACCAUGCAUGUGGAGAUCGUAAUCGAAGAUCGAUGCGGCAUCAUCGCCGCGCCUAUGAGCGACGACACGCACGGCAUGUGGACCCCAAGUCCCUACAUCAAUCGUCGACUAUACCUCCUCGCCACGAUCGUUCAAGCAUCGAACGUCGACACCCUCUCGGUGCGCAUUAGUGUUCCCGGCCACGCGGAGAGUUUCAGUUUCUUCAGGAUGCUCUGGCCUUUGUCUCGCCUCGGACCACACAUCACCGUCACCCUGUCUGGUCUACCACAGGACUACAUCCAGUAUCUUGAAGACGAACAGCUCGACUCCUCCUACGCAUUCACGGCGCUUUCUCGUUGCCUGCCCCUCAAAGCAAGGAUCGAUGAGCUGCAGGCGCUGGUCAAGAAGUCCGGGCUGACCGGCACCGGCAUCCAAUUCCUGCCCACUUUGGUCAAGAAUGCUUCCAACCAGACAGACCAGCACGUCGAGGUGCACGAUGGAGGCGAGGAUGGCGUUUCGUCGGAGAAGUGUAUUCUCGGGAAUGUGCGCGCCGCAGCCGACAUUGUAGCGGAGGAGAAGUGGACUACAUUGGCACAUCGGGCGGAGGAGAAUGUGAGAAGCAUGGAAGCCGAGGAGGUAUAG